CGCCGUGCGGUUUGUUUACUGGCGGUAGAAAAUGGAGGCGGACACGGAGGAGGCCUCGGCCUCGGCCCCGGCAGCAGCUUUGCUGGGCUCCGUGCUGAGCCUCGGUGGUCCUCCGGUGUUCGCCCCGCAAAUGUGUGAGCUGUACCGGCUGCAGGCGGCCGUGCUGCGGCGGCGGAGGCAGCGGGAGCUGAUGGAACGGGAACGGCGGAGGAGGCAGUACCUGCGGAGGAGGAGAGCCUUCCUCCUGUCUUCCAUCGCGGCUGCGCUCAGUCUCCUCUCCACCACCAGCAGACCCGUCUGGGUCCGGGACCGAGGCCCCGGGCAGAACCUCUGGGCCACGGCCGAAGCGUUCGACGACGAGGAGUGGAAGGCGCAGUUCCGUGUGUCCCGGUCCACCUUCGACUUCCUGCUGGAACUGAUCGGUCCGGCGAUUAAACGCCGCAAAACGAACUACCGCGUCCCGAUCGAGCCGGGCCGCCGGCUGGCCAUCACACUGUGGUGGUUGGCCCGGUCCGGGGAGUACCGCUCCAUCGCAGACAUGUUCGGGGUGGGGAUCGCCACCGUGUGCAACAUCGUGCGUCAGGUCGCCUGCGCCAUCGUGGAGCGGCUGUUUCACCGCUUCGUGUCGCUGCCCAGCGGCCCGCGGCUGGACGACACCCUCCAGGCCUUCAAGGACCGCUGCUACCCGCAGUGCGCCGGGGCCAUCGGCGGGACCCACAUCCCCAUCGCUCCUCCGAGGGAGAACCCCGACCACUACAUCAACCGAAGCGGCUGGCACUCCGUCAUCCUGCAGGCGGUGGUGGACCACAACGUCUGCUUCACGGAUGUGUACGCCGGUUGGCCCGGAAGCAGCAGCAGCGCCACGGUGCUGUGCAGCUCGGACCUGUAUCUGAAAGCUGAGGACCGGCCCGACGGAUACCUGUUCCCCAGAGAGGUGAGGUCAGAGGAGAUCUGA